AAAAUGUGUUGUCAGUGUCAUUUAGGAUCGGCGUUUUAAGAAAAAUUUUCCUGAAGUUUACUUGUUGAAUUUGUUAUCUUUGAAUGGUGGUGACUCUUGUCAGACAGCGAAAGAGUUUCAUCGUAUCAUGUCAGCCGAAUGUCUACCGUUUGAGGUCCUAGUUGGGCUGUUCCAUUAUCUGGGAGUGAGUGAUCUUCUGUCAGUGUCACAAGUGUCAAGACUAUGGAGGGAAGCGGCAUCUUACCUCAUUGCAGACCGCGUGACAAUCAUGAUCACGGAUGAUGUGAAUCCUGCUGUGGACACCUUCCUUGCAUCUUCCAUACCUUAUCAUAAUUGGGUAUUCAAGGAAGUUGACCUUAGUAUGAAGGGCAGGUUUUCUGACCUGUGGAGCAAAGUCUCCAACCAGGUCAAGACCCUGAAACUCCUAAGUGCCGACCUUGUAGCGCGUGAUUUUAUCAGCUUGCUGCAGCAGUGUACUCAGUUAGAGGAACUCAGAUUUGAUGGCUUGGCCCACAUCCUCAUGACAGGAACCUUGCUAAGUAACCCUGAAGACAGAAAGCUUCUAUCAGCUUCCUUGAAGAAUGUGACUAGACUUCACCUCGCCUGCUCAAGAUACCUGACCGAUCUUCUGUUUACCCGCAUCACCUCGGUCUUGGGGCCCCUCAAAAAACUCUCUCUAGCAGGAUGUCAGAUCUCUUUCCAGUCUGCCAUUCACAAAAGGUUCUAUCCCUCUGAUGGACGAGUGAAAGUGUCCGAUCACGUGCUCACCUUCAAGCACAUACUAGAAUACAUAGAAGAAAACGCAAAGACGCUGAAGGAACUGAGCUUUGGCAGGACGACUAUUGACAGUGAAUCACUGUAUCACUUAUCAAAAAUUCCUGGGUUAGAGAUUGAGUCUUUACAUUUAAUGUCAUGUGACCAGCUUUCUAAGAGUGGAGUGGACUUGCUAUGUCAGAACCAAAAAUCCAUCUUAGAUCUUGACUUGAGCUUGUGUUCUCGCAUGACAGACUUGGCAGUGCUCUCUGUGUGUCAGCAUCUUACCCAUAUCAAGAAGCUAAACCUCCGUAGAUGUCAAGGAAUAACUGAGAAUGGUAUCAGAGCAUUAAGGCAGCUGAAACACCUUGAGGAGUUGAACAUUUCCCACCUCGAUGCAGUCACCUCAGAGAGUGUUGAGGAAGCCCUUGGCAAGGAGCCCCGUCCCAGUUUGAAGUUACUCAAUGUUGCUUCACUGCCACUCAGCUGGAAGGCAGUUGUGAACAUAGCAGCCUCACUGCCGAACUUGACUUUCCUAGAUGUCUCAAUGUGUACUGGAGGAAUCAAUGAUAAAAGUGUACAGGCAAUCUGCAAAUCUCUAACUAAGCUCCAAACCUUGAACCUAAGUGGAUGUACUGCAGUGACAGACAUUGGACUUGCUGGUCAUGGGCUUGGUCAGCAAGAACCAGUGCCCGAUAUAGCUGGGACAGGCCUGUCGCUUGAAAAUCUUGGUGUGCGGAAUAGAGAUCCUUUUAAAGUCCCUCUAGGCUCGAAGGCAGAGCAGGUGAUUCGUAAAGAAGCUGAGGUUAAGAAGUACUUGAAGGAAAAUUUAGAACAGAUUGUGAACUCUACUGAAUAUGGGUUGGGUAAUCUCAAAGGGUUACGAGAGUUGAACCUGUGUGGCUGUAUAAAAGUGACAGACAUCACCUUGACCCAUGCUUUACACCUGCAAGAACUACAGUACUUAAAUCUCUCACACUGCCAAGCGGUAGGGGAGGAAGGCCUUAUAAACUUAGCAAACCAGUGCCCCAGCCUGGAAGUUCUCAUGCUAGUAGACUGUGGCCAGACAACCGAUCAAGUUAUCCUGGUCCUUUCGCAUCACCUGAAGCGUAUUAAGACGCUGGAUCUACAGCGUUGCUUCAAGCUGACGGAUGAUGCUCUGGACUCCCUGAGCAAUUGCACAACCCUCCAGUACUUAGAUGUGAGUGGCUGUGAGAAGAUGAGUCUGGAGCAAGUCCGUCUUGUCCAGGAAAGGAUCCCUCGGCUUCACAACCUGCACCACCGUGGUGUCAAGGAAAAGAACACCCCAGAGGAGGACCCAAAGGACUGGCCUUCACAAAGUGCAAAAAUUCCCCCUCCUCCUCCCCUGCUGUCCAAGCUUAAGAAGAAAGUAAUACGGAGAUAGUGGCUUAGGGAGAAAGUGUGAAUCCAGUGACAUUAAAGAACAGAAGAAUCAGAA